UCUAAGCGCAAGACGGACCUUGCACGAGGAAACGGCUUAUAGAUAGCCCAGUAUAGCGGCCAAAAGAAACAAAACGCUUGUAAAUCUUCAAUAGACAUUUGAAUUCAAAAUACGAAAUAAAGGAGACAAAGUGUGUGAUUUGUUUCAUUGCUGGAUCAGACUUUUGACCUUAGUUUUUGGACAAGCGAGGUUUCAGACUGCUGCGUCUAACGGGCCUUCGGACAAGUGGGCAAUCAACGGAUACAUCUUCUUUGCAUAACGCAUGCGUGCAGGAAUGAACGUAGCGUACAUAUGUUGUGAUAUGAUUUGUGUAUAGUCUUUUAUUCAUCUACCAAAAAAAGUUAUUUAUAAACAGACGCGAUCGAUUCUCGUGACUACUCCCUCGUCCGGAGCCUCAAGUCAGACAUUUAAAGAUGGCCGCCAGUGGCGGUUGGUUGUGAUGUAUAAGUUACGACCUGCUUUCCGUCGAGUCACCCAAUGAAAACUCGCGAUACAUUCAACUUAGACACAGCUGGGCCGUUGUUGUGUCUGAAUCAUGUAAAGAUAUAUACUAAAACCAACACUUAAUCGCGUGUUGACCGUGUGUAGGAAUAGCCUCCUCACUGGAAAGUAUCUACUGAUGGUCGACACACUUACGUACGGAGAAAAGGAUGUGAGUGACUAGAAUAAGGCACAGCGACUUGGCAAGAUAAAAUCUAAAAGAUCCUGACAGUGUUAACUGCUCCAAAAAAAACCAACAAAACGGCGCUUCCAGUAAAAAGAGAGUUGUUCCCAUCGCCAGAGGACGAAAUGGACGAAGAGCAAAGGAAAGCAGAGGAGAAGAGGAGGCAACUGGAAGAGGAAACCUUAAAUAUAGGUACCUCUAAUAACAUUGAAGAGUUGGUUAAACCAAAGGACGUUGGUGACAGGAAAAGAAAUCUUGUGUUCGACGAGGAGAGAUUUGAGGACACAUUCCUUAAAUGUCUAAUAUGUCGUGAGAACUUUGAUGACACCGAGAAAGCUCCUAAAAUGCUGCCUUGCCACCACACAUUCUGCCUUGACUGUUUGCGACAGAUGUUCCGAGUAGAAGGAGAAUUUCGUCAAAAUUUAUCAUCCGCGUUUCGUGCCAUGCCCAUGGCGGUAAAAAUUUGCUGUCCGUCAUGUCGAGAAGCACUGAUUUUGUCAGAUGCGGAGAUUGUCCGCUUGCCAAACGACCACACUGUCCUUGAGCUACUGUCCUUUGUCAGGUCCACAGGGAAAAAGGAUGUACAGUACUGCACAAAACACAAAAUGCAGCCACUGAACUUUUUUUGUGAGCCAUGCAUUUUACCAGUGUGCUGUGACUGUACAGUCAUUGAUCACAAGGAGAAAAAUGGCCACCGAGUGAUGAAUGUUGAGGAGGCUUUAGACAAGUACACUCCAGUUAUAGACGAGACUCUGGCAGAUCUGCAGAGUGCCGAGCAAACUUUGUUGGAUAAACGACAGUCGCUGGAGAAAUCGGCCGACAACAUUGAACAAAUACAGCGCGAAUUAGCUGUUCAGAUUCGUCAAACAUUCGACCGUCUGCGGGACGCCAUAGAUGAACGGGAGAGGGAGUUGUUCAAAAUGUCCGAAUCUGAAAUUGACCGAAAACGAGGGGAAAUAGAUGAACAAUUGCAAAUCGUUCAAAGCCGAGAGGAGUCGGUUACGGCAGAGAAAGAUAGACUAAAUGGUGCGCGGGAGGAUAAAAACAUCAGUGCCAUGUUCAGUACCCACCAGACGGCGCGCGAGACGCUGGAGAAAAAGGUUCAUAUCCCCGGUCCGUCGCCUUCAUCCAAAGACUUCGCUGUCAGCUUUCAGUUUAAUAGUCGACAGGAAAACGUCAUAAAGGCCAGUAUAGCUGGACUUGGAGAUGUAUCUUUCAAAAUGUCAUAAGUCAAUGACACUUUGGAUAUUAGAACUGCUGGCAUUUAUCUGUGGAUGUGCAUUUUCGAAGAAAACUAAGUGUCUUUCAUAUUAGUGUUGACAAUUGUUUAUGCACUGUUGAGUGGAAUGGAUAACGUUUAAGUGAAUGUUCGUUUCGAUUUUGGUAGAUUCCUAGAAAUACAUGUACACAUGAGAUUAUCUAUCACUUCUGGAAAUGGAUUGAUUUUUAUGUUUUUCGAUGAUAUUGUACAUACUUAAGAAAUGGCGUUUUCGUGAAAUCAGAAAUCCGGUGGCAAUACACGUAUUGAACAAAUUUCUUAUCGACUUUCCAUGAAAGUCUUCUGAGAAAAAAAUCACAUUUCUGAAUAGCAUGUGUUUAUUGUAACGUUAUUUAUCUUUGUUUACAAAAUUAUAACCUGAUAUAUUACACAUUAUAUGUAAAAUAUUAUUAUUGAAUAUAAAUGUACUUCACAUUCCUAUGCAAAGCAACUGAGAUGAGAAAGUAUUACCUACAUAAAAACAUACGACAAACCAAUGUUACAUUUAAUACACGACUCCUCCAUGAUGUCAAUUUCAUCGCAUACAUACAAGUAGUCGACGAAACUAUUCUGGAUAGUCGAACAUAAUGACAAGUUUACCUGCGUACUUUCUAGUGUCUCCUUAUUAACAUAAUUAUAUAUAAACAUACAAAUACCUCAGAGCGGUUUACAUCUCAUAUAAGUAUAAAUUUCGUCUAAAAUUUAAGAUCAUGGAGAUCUUACCAUUAAAAUCUGGAUGUUAUUAUAUACACAUAGGUACACAUGUCUAUGUAGGGUUGUUUAGUUUCCUAUACCCGUACCACCUACAUACUACCUGCGUGGUGGGCACACCUGUCACAGACGUAUUGAUAACUUAAUGUACCUAACUAGUACCAAUAUGAUACAUACAUCCUACCUUUUAUUACACACGUGUAUCUGACGUUAUACUACAUGUGCCUAUAAGAAAUUAAGCUUGUUUUCGAAUCUCUCCAAAAUAACAUGCAUGUUUAAACUAAGCUAAAAAGUAUAUACCCAUUCGACACAAACAUACUGCCUGUUUAUUGGACAGACUAAUUCGUUGUUUUUGAACAUGUUUUCUUACUAAUUUACAGAAGAGUCAAUCAUAUACCACCUACAAACUAGACGCACAUCAUCGUUAUAUUUAAAAAAAAAUGAAUCAAAUACUGUUUUAUUUACAUUCAACUUUUAUACAACACGCUCACUACUGUGAUAUUUCAAUAAAUCGUAUGCUUUUCACUAUCGACAUACCACCUACAUACUAGACCCACCUUAACGUGAUAUUUAAAUAAAGGACUACAUUUUGUAACUAUACACUUUACUUUCCAUAUACCACCUACCUGUUACCUUUGAAAACGACAUGCUAUGUUGAUAACUGAAAUUACGAACUACCACUGCAGAUCACAUGUUCUGAGUCAAUAGUAAACAAUAGAAUUCCUUAAACUGGAAUGUUUAACUCGAAACAACAUUUCACCAAAGAGACAGCCACUUAGAGUUUGCGUGUUCCGUAAUUCGAACAAGCUAAAUUAGCCUUUAUCGUUACGAAUAGGAUGUCCGAUACCUCAAUGAUUAACGCCUCUCGGCGACUUAUUUACUCGAUACGUUCCUGCUUAGCCUCGACUAUAUAUAUAUGCUAGCUACAGACACGAGAAAAAAUAAAGAGACUGUAGCAAGUCUUACUAUUAUUUCACUGCUAUAUAAUAGCUUGGAUAUCAUUUUAUAUAAGUACUUGAAAUACGGAGUAAGGAGGCGCAGAAAAA